AUGUCGACAAUCGAAGAUCCUUUCAUCUCCAAGUCCCAAGGGGGCGCUGCUCCUCGCGAGUCGCAUAGGUACUCGUCCUUUGACACGCAGCUGUUCAGUCUUGAUGCAUCCUCGCCGGCACAAGCAAAACGAGCCCUCGAGGCGCAUCUGGCAGAGACAGAGCGCAGACUUGAGGAGGCGAGCAAGCUAGGCACUGCUCUAAUCGAGCAGCAGAAGGAACUAGAAGACAAGCUGAAGGAAGUUGAACAGCAGCAGGAGGCGGGCCAAAUUGGGCCAGACCUUCGUCAGAAGCUCGCGGACUUGGAACGAGAAUACAAUGAAAUCGGCCGGGAAACCACGCGCGCAUUUCUUGCCCCCAAGCGCAUGGCGGGAGGCGACGAUAGCCAUUUGGGGACCCCGUACGAGCAAAAGUCACCAAUCAGCCCAGCACUAUUCGCCGGCCAAGCAACAAAUUCUCCAAGUAAAGUGAGCGUGCCCUCUCGGAAGCAACGGAACCAAUCAUCGACCCGAGUACAUGACAUCGAAUUCGCUACCGAGAUAUCGACGUCUCUUCUAGCCCAAGUUCGUCAGUUACAGACACUGCUUGCCGAGCGUGAGGAGGCGUUAAAGACAGUGAACCUGGAGAAGUCGAGGCUUGAGUUGGAAGCAGAGGGAUAUGCUCAGCGUAUCCGUGCACUGGACGAGAGCGAAGAGCGCUAUAAAGACGAGAACUGGGCGUUGGAGACUCGGACGCAUGAGCUCAUGGCCGCAGUCAAGGAAGCGGCUGAUCGCGAGAGUAGACUCAACAGCAGCAUCGGUACUUUGACCACUGAGAAAGGUUCCGUCGAACGGGAGCUUGAGGAUUUGAAGCAAAUCAACGCAAAAUUGGUCGAGGACCACACGGCAGCUCAGAAAGCGAACGAUUCAGAGAUUCACCUCCUGCGUAGAAACCUCAAUGCCGGAGAUGCCGAAAGGCUCGCCCUUCAACAAAAGGUUGAGGAGUUGAAUGCACAAAACCAAGAACUCGCGCGAGCAGUGGCAAUGCGACUUCGCCAGCACGAGACGGAGUCUACGCGCGAGGUCUCCGGCGGCCACGAUUCCGACGACCAAGAUCAGUCCACACCUGAGAAUUCCCCUCCCCCAUCUCCGAACAAGUUUACUCCCCGGCAUAACCACCUCGAAACAGAGACGUUGCGAAGUUCGCUUGGUCAUGCCCAUCGCAUGAUUCAAAAUCUCAAAAGUACUAUUCAUCGGGAGAAGACCGAAAAAAUUGAUCUGAAACGUAUGCUGCAAGAAGCUCGCGAUGAGAUAGAACAGCGCCGUCGUGAGACCGCCGCUCCGACCAACCCAGCAAGCAAGCGCCAGAAGACCAAGGCUGAGGCCACAAGGAAAACUGCUCGGCCGGAUCUGCUGGGUGCUGGACGGAAAAGGGCGGAAAUUGAGAUCCAUGAUUCGGAUUGGGAAGAUAAUGCCACCGAUGCCAGUCCUUCUCACCGGGCUUCUGUGAAGUUGUCUAGAGGUCGCAUAGGAGAACAGUCAUCCGAUGAACCCAGCGAUGCGUACCAGACUGCCACCGAAGCUGACGAUGCCUUCGAGACGGCGAACGAACGAGGAACUGCUACCGAAAGCGAAGCGUUCCAGACCGGCUUAGAAAGCAUGGCUGACGAUAGCACGGAUAUCGAUGAGCUGACGGAGACCGAAGACCGGCUGCAGCUGACCCCACGCGGACGGGUAUCCUCCUUGACUAUGGCCAAGGCCCGCGAUAGGACGUCCUAUCAAAGUACCGCAUCGACCUCGGGCGAUGAGGAUGAGGAUUACGACGGGAGUUUCCCGUCGCCGAGCCAAAUGUCCUCACCUAGAUAUCGACUGAGACAGAAGAGAAGCGUAGUGAGGAAGAUUCGUCCCUCAGGUGAAGCCCCAAUGGCUUCUGUUAGCCGGCCUUCUAGUGCGCGAGAAUCCUCGGCAACAAGCUUCACCGAAGGCUUGGCGGGCUCGGAGGGACAGAGUCUCUUCAUGGAACUUGCGGAGCUAGACGGCGAUGAAGAUGAGGGUGACUUCGGCCCCCCUAUGCGUUACGCUACGGCCUCGCAGUCUUCAACACCGCGCAUGCUCCCGACACCCGAUUCUAGACGACCGUCAGAGGUCAUGCUCGAUGCGAACCCCAAACCUGUCAUGGUUGAUUCUGGAAUGAUGACCGAUCCUUGGGAGCCAGCAAUGAUCCCAGCUAGCGUCGAUAAUACCAGUGGCGAAGAAACUCGUGGUUUGCCUACAGCAUCCACAAAGACAGCGAUGUCCGAUGCCAGCACCGCUACUGAAACAGAGGAACCCCGGAAACUGGCGCACGCGGCAACUCAGUGGAGUCCCCUUGAGCCAGCAGUGGAACAAGCGGAUCAAUACGCUGUAGACAUCCCACGGAAUGGCCUUCUCACCCACACUUCUAACAUUGAAAUGGAUGUUUCUUCUGUUUCUUUCCAGGAAACCGUUCCUGUGGCACCAAGAGCACCUGAGUUGAGCAUGUCAUAUGCUGUUGAGGUCACUACCGAACCCGUCCAAUUUGUUGCUCCCGAGCCGCCGAAGCUUACACUGUCCUCUAUUUGCUCACAAUUGACGGAACCAGUGGAUUCUAAGCUUCCUGAGCCCGAGCCUGUAUAUGUGGCAGAUAUGGUUGUCUCCAAAAUAGACUUCCAGUAUACCCUGCCUAUCACGCCAGUUCUCCCCGAACCUGCUCCCCGGAUUUCACUGGCCGAGCAAGGUACUAAUACCGAGACACCAGAGGUGGCCGUUUCGUCCAUUUUGUCGCAGCAGACAGAUCCCGUUGAAGCCGUUCCAGAGCAGAGAGAGCCAGUGUCAGAAGUCGUAACGGAAACCACUACGGAAUCCCAGAAAUUUGUUUUGUCCACCAUUUUCGCCCAGCACACGCAACCGGUGGCAGCUAAUCUAGAGGUGAGGGAGCCACAGCCCGAACUCGCCGUGGAGCAAGUCGCACCUAAGGUUGAGCCCCCAGAGCUCGUGGUCUCUUCUAUUUCUUCGCAGCAAACAGAACCCAUUGAAGCUAUUCUACAGCGGGAGGAGCCUGUGCCUGAAGCAGCGCUUCCGGACCUGUCCAUUUCUUUGAUGGCCUCUGAAUGCACCGAGCCUAUUCCACCACAAGCGCGUGAACUACCAGUUCCUCUGGUGCCACAUGUGUCGCUGUCCGAAGUCAGCUCCGUGGAAACUGUGCCAGUCAAAUUUAGCCCACCGAUAGCCACGACAGCCACGGUCCCUCUGCUUCAACUUCCCGACGAGAAUAUUACACCGGCAUCUAGCAGAACGGCGAUCAAGAGCAAUCCAGCAGCGGAAUUGUCGUCGCUUUUGGUUGCAGAAGACACCUCGGAUGAGGGUACGUUGAACAAUGCAGCUGACGAAAUGCCGGACGCCUCACUCCCCCUAAAUACCAUAUUUGGGAACGCUGUUUCGCGUCAUAUGAGGCAAUCUCCGUCUUCCAACCAGGCAGAUCAAGGUGCCCAGACAAUCUUGUCGUCCAAGCAAAUUGAUCAGAUCUUGAUGGACCGUAUUACCACCCGGCCCUUGUCUCCGCCAGACAGCGAUAAGUCUAAGGAACAAAAUACUUCUCCUUUCGCUACGCCUAAAGCCAGGGUUCGCCCGACUCAUCAAACCUCAGCAGCGUCUCUACCAUCUCACCACCUGAGGCCUGGUAGUGCCGUUAGCCAGGCAUCUAGCAUCCAAAGCCACACUCCUUUGCCUGGGGACACCAGGGAAGCCGUUAUAUCAGCCGAGAAGAGGUCGCUGGAUCUUCGCCCAGCUUCCCCAAGCUUUAUGGGCCCACCGCUUGCCCCAGCUUCUGCCUACAGAGCGAACGUAGCCCAGCGGCCACGGACGCCUAACGACUCCGGUCUGCAUGUCGGAGCUGCAACGACAACUUCACGGCUGAAGAUGAGGCGCGAGAGCCACGUCUCGCGAAGAUCGUCCGUGUCAUCAUUUGCGUCUGAGAUAGAAGAACGGUUCAACAUGCAUCCCAACCCAGCUCUUGGCCCGCAAGGUUAUGCCGCUGGUACAGAUCCGCGAAUGAUUCAGGCAAUCACUCAGACGAUGAUCGGAGAAUUCCUCUGGAAAUACACACGCAAGCACGUUUCCGGAGAAAUAUCCAACUCGAGACAUCGUCGCUACUUCUGGGUCCACCCGUACACCCGCACAUUGUACUGGAGCGAACAGGAUCCGCAGAGCGCUGGCAAGAGCGAGCUUCGAACUAAGAGCGUUCUGAUCGAGGCUGUUAGAGUCGUCCCAGAUGACAAUCCUUAUCCCCCGGGUCUUCACUGCAAGAGCUUGGAAGUGGUGAGUCCUGGUCGCCGGAUCCGAUUUACUGCAACCACCAGUCAAAGACACGAGACUUGGUUCAACGCACUCUCGUACCUGCUUUUGCGUAAUUCGGCCGAGAACGGCGAGGAGCAGGAGAGCAAUGCUUCUUUAGAGGACAUUGAUGAGUUUAAUCCUGGUUUUCGCUCACGCUCGCGCCAGACUUCUCGGCUAUCAUUCUCGUCUUCUCGGAGUCGUAACACCCGGAAUUGGCCUAAGGAACGUGCAGGGUCCGUACUGUCGGCACGCCGCACGGCUACGCCUGGUCGUACUUCUCCGGCACUAAGUACGCCAUCUCAUUACUCGGACCAGAGGCACAGCUCUGCCUCCCGCCUUAGUACGAUCUUGAACACAACAAUCAAGGGUUCUUUCGGCCGGAAGGGACCUGCCUUUGCCACCUCAAGUGUGCAUGAAGGGAGCCUCCAUACGCACGAUAGCGAGGACGAUCUGCGGCAUAUGAUGGAAAGGCAGGAUGAUCGGCUCGAGAACGUCCGAGCAUGCUGCGAUGGCAAACAUGAUGUCAGCGCACUCUCAAGGACGAGUCGCUAUAGCCCUCGGGUGAAUCGAAUCCACUCCCACCACUAA